UGCUGUGGUGCGCUUACGGCUACUUCUACUACUGCAUAAUGAUGUCUAUUCCAUGGAACAUGACAUUUCUGACAAUCCUUUCGAUAAUCCUGAAUGUGAUCGACAUGCUCAUUACGCUCAUGUCCGUAAUCAUCGGCUUAUUUUAUAACAAGAAAUUAAGGACGUGCAUUAAGAGGCUCGCCAUUGUGGACGACACGUUGGAAGAGUUGGGGAUUCCAAAAAUGUACCAAGAGAUGCACAUGUGGUCAAAACGGGUAGUAGCUGGAUGGGUCGUUUACAUACUCUUCAAAAAUACUUUCGAUGUCCUCUGGUGGCGAAAAGUAUCGCAGUCUAAUUGGGUGUAUCUCAUACCUCAUGUGAUAAAUCAUUGUUAUUACGUCAACAUAUUCGUGGAUUUCACGUUUAUCUUCUUCAUGUGGUCUGUACACAAAAACUAUAAUUUGCUUGCUCGUUUGGUCGAUGAUGUGCUCAUUUAAUCGGAAUACCUGCUGCAUAUUUUCAUUUAAUAACAAAACACAUGACUCCGUGUACUUGUGUUGUCGAAAUUUACCGGGUCCGAAAUUGGAGAGAUUUCAUUCUGUAAUAUUCUAGAUAUGCUUCGCAACACAGGUAUAUAGGCACCAGAUUCGACAAACUUAACGAAAAUGUACGAGGCCUAUUGGUGAGCGAGGAGUACGGCUUGAGGUGUACGUGGAAGAGACCAGUGGUUGCUGUUUACCGACAUACCUAUGCCGAUAAUUAUAAGCGAGUGUUGUGGACCUCAAUGUAAAUCGGUACACCUGCAUGCCUGUAUAAAUUAUUGACUUGAUAAUAACACGAAAUACGCGAUAAGACACUCUAUGCCAAUUUGAAAAAUAAUAUAAUAAAUCGAAUGCAUCUUCAGCUAGAAUUAUGUCGCAUCGCGCGUGAACUGAAUCUGAUAUUCGGAACGCAGAUGACCUUGGAGAUGUUGAACUAUCUCUUAUUCUUUACGUCACUGGCGUUUUAUGUUAGUAUAUUUCUGCUCACUUGGAAAGGCAUACCAAUAUAUAUCUGGCUCAACGGCAUUAUAUUGGCCUGCAUAUGCAUCAUAAAACUCUACUCCCUUAAUUACAUUUGCGAGAGCGUCAGCGUUAAGGCUAACAAAAUUAGCGAGACAAUUCAUCAGCUGACAAUUAUUCUGCGAUACGCCGAUAUGCACCAGGAGCUUUGUCAAUUCAUUUUGCAAACGAUGCAUCAUCCAUUGAAGUUCACCGGUCUGAGGCUCUUUUGCUUCGGUACCAAGUUAUUCUGGAAGUUUUGCGCGGUGGUUGCAACUUUCACGAUGCUCGCAGUGCAAUUGUCUCCAGAGUUACAGGAGUAUAAUGAUCUGCGAUCGAAGAUAAACAACAAUAUCUCGAAAGAUAUGUUCUAAUGAGGAUGUAAAAAUGUGUAAAAAACGCUUCUUACGAUCGUGCUCUAAUUAGGGAUGACGUAAUAUUCAUUCAAUCUUGUACGGAAGAGUAAUGGGUAUACCAUACCAACAAUAAAUUGUAACAACAUCUGCCUUGUUGUAUAUCAGCUUUUCCUCUGUGGAGAAACAUCAGACAAGCUUAACGUCUCUUUUUUUUCCCCGUUAUCGUCGUAAACGA